AGCUGGAGGCUGCGUGGGAUCCGGCCGCUGCUCCGAGCUCGGCGGUGCGGCCUUCCCCGCCCCCUCCCUCCCUCCCCCGCCCGCUUCCGCCCGGCUUAUUAUCCUCCUUAUUGACAAACAGAGCGGCCGCGGCGGCGACUCUCGGCGUGCGUUUGUAGCCAAGCCAUGGGAGACAAGAAGAGCCCCACCAGGCCGAAGCGGCAGCCGAAGCCGUCCUCCGAUGAGGGUUACUGGGAUUGUAGCGUCUGCACCUUCCGGAACAGCGCCGAGGCCUUCAAGUGCAUGAUGUGCGAUGUGCGGAAGGGCACCUCCACACGAUCCACAUUCUUUGAAGUUAUUGUGAAUGCUUCCAGGACCAAGGAACCGUUGAAAUGUCCAAUUUCAGGAAGGAAGCCUCGACCUGUCUCCCAGUUGGUUGCCCAGCAGGUUCCUCAGCAGUUUGUGCCCCCUACGCAGUCAAAGAAAGAGAAAAAAGAUAAAGUAGAGAAAGAAAAAAGUGAAAAGGAAACAACCAGCAAAAAGAACAGUCAUAAGAAAACCAGACCAAGAUUGAAAAAUGUGGACCGGAGUAGUGCUCAGCAUUUGGAAGUUACCGUUGGAGAUCUGACAGUCAUUAUUACAGACUUUAAGGAGAAAACAAAGUCACCACCUGCAUCUAGUGCUGCUUCUGCAGAUCAACAUAGUCAGAGUGGUUCCAGCUCUGAUAACACAGAGAGAGGAAUGUCCAGGUCAUCUUCACCUAGAGGAGAAGCCUCAUCAUUGAAUGGAGAAUCUCAUUAAAGUUUAUUUUCUCCAGUUUCUUAGUCACUUCUAUCAUACCAUGCAAAUAUACAGAUUAUGCCAAGAAAUACCACAUUUUCAUGACAGCCGUUUAUGCAUAAUUCCUAAUUUGAAUUUUACAUAAAGUAGAAAUUCAUUAGGAUUUGUUAAAUUUUACUGCAGUCUAUGCCUACCAAACAUUUCUUGACUUAACAUUUUGGUUCCUACAGUUGAAGGAGCCAUGAAAAUGUGGUUAAAUUAUUCAUUAUGCAGUGUUACUGGUAAGUCUAUUUUCACUUUUAGUUUAGUGAAUUCUAACACAUAAUUCUUGAAAUCUAUUGGCAUGUAAUGAAUUAAAUUUUUUAUAACAUAGUUCAAGCUGCCUAAAUAUGUAUUAUUUGAGAAUUGUGAAACAAAUAGUUAUAUGUAUACAAGUCAAAGAUCAACUUAAUCAACUAUUGCUGCAAUAGAAUUUUUUUUGUUAAUGGUUAUCCUCUGAAAUCCACCUGCUGGUACUUGGUGUGGUUAAAUAGGAAAGUUGUUUAAAAUAAAGAAUUUGUAUGAACCUUUGCCAAUGUUUUUGACACAUUUUACUAAAUUAUUAUUUCUGAAUUUUUUUUCUGGUUUUGAUAGCUUUUUGGUUUUUUGUUAUUUUUCAAAACAUUCACUUAUUGUAAUGUUUACUAGCAGACUAGUAAGCAAUAAAACAUUUGAUUAUUUAGCUUUAUGAUUCAGGUUUAGCAUUAUUGUCAUUGAACACUGGUAUUUUUUUGUAUUAUAUAAAACAAUAAAAUAAUUAUAAUCAUUUGGCAAAAGAGAAGAAACCUGCCAUAUUUUGAAAGCUGCAAUUUUGGAAAAGCUUUAAUUUAAUGAUAGUUUUAUCACUGUUUACGUGCCCCCAAAAUAUCCAGGGUUAUAGAGGUGUGAAUCUAAUUAAUACAGAAAUGGAAACUGUUGCACAGAACUGGAGAUAAUUAAUUUUAAAUACAUAUAAUUGGCUUCCUGUUGACAAUUCUUAUGGAAAACAUAGUGCCCUAUUUUCAAGACACAGUUGUCAAUUUAUGGAUUUAUCAAUAUACUGAAAUAAUAGUAUUUACAGCCCCAAACACUAUUAUGUAAAAUACCAAUAAAAUAUUUUUAUGACUACAGAUUUUGCAUUUUUGUUCACAACUAAAAAGUGUUCUAUGUUGUAUUAAAAGAAAAUCCAACCUAGAAACCACAUAGUACUUGUUAAAUAUUCAUAGGGUCUCCUGCUUUCUCUUAACCAUUUGCUUAAUAUAUGUCCAUCUGUAGGAGACUUCUGAAAUGUAAAUUAAUUACAAAUAUAACAUGGAUACAAAAUAUCACAUCAAAGACACCUGACAGCAUUUAAAGAAAAAAUAAAAUGUAGACCCAUAAAAGUUGUGAUAUUUGGUGGUUUCUCGUGGUAAUGUAAUUUUCUGUUUAAUUGCAGUACUUUAUACAGGCACAGUGGGACUGUCUCUUUUUUUUUGUAAGAUGCUAGUUGUGAAAUAGUUAAUUGCAUACAGUAAAAAUCUGUGAUUAAAGCAUUUAUAUACCUCA